GCAGUAUAUAAAGGCUGCAUUUAGGCAUAAAAACUCAUUAUUAUUGAUUAUUUAAUUUUGCAACAAACUCAGUGGACAGUUUCAUUCUGUUUCUUAUUUUGUCAUUCUUACUUUGUCCAGUAGCUAUACAGUGAAAAGAAUCAUGGCGAGUCAAGAUUCUAACCAUGGUUAUAACACUCUGAAGAAGUGCCGCAAGGAAGUGUGUGGAAGACUCUCCAGCGACCCAUUGAACAUCGCUCAAUCUCUUUUUGGCAAAGGACUUAUUUCUGCAGAAGUUAUGGCAGAAAUACGUACACUACGUAGCACAAAAAUGGAAAAGGGAAACACACUGUAUACAGCUAUAUCAGAACGUGUUAAAGCCUAUCGAAAUAGGUAUUCUGAUUUUAUUUCUGUGCUAGAAGAAAACAAGAUCCUCCACAGUGAUCUCUUAACAACUCUCCGGAAUACUCACUUCAAAAUUUGCAAUGAGUCAGUAAAGGAGAAAGUCAAGAAUACCAACAACGUGAUUAAAGAGGUUAUAUCGAUAGCUAAGGAGCUUGAAACGUCCACUCAUUCUCGAGAGCUCGAAAGAAUCUCUUCAGCAUUAACAUCUGGCAAAGUCCAAAUAGGACUUGUUGGCUUAACUAAUGCUGGAAAAAGCACAACUGCUAAUUCCUUUAUAGGUUCGCGUUUUCUUCCAUCAUCGUUUCAAAGGCAGACGGUCAGCUCAAUCCGAAUUGUACAUAAUCCAACAUCUCCAAAUGGAGAACUUUUUGGGAGAAAAAAAUCUACCGAUGGCUUAGUUCGUCUUGCAUCAGGCGUUGAGCCUAUCGAAUCAUUUCUUGCGAAACUGAAUACUGAUGAUCGCAAGGGUGAGAUUCAGUACUCUGAACUUAUUCUCCAUGCAUCUGUUGCUAUUUUAUCAGAAAUUGGACACUCUUUGGCUCCUGAAAUUCUUGAUAUGCCUGGCACUAGUGAGAUAUUUACUAGCCAGAAAACAACUACUGCAACGAAAACAGCUUUAAAAAGCCUAGCAGCCAUCAUACUUGUUGUCAGUGCUGAUGACGUAUCUAAGGGUGAAGUGACUAAGCUUAUUGAGGAUAUAAAAACAUCGCAUCCUGGCCUGAUGGAAAAACAAAACAGAAUACUAGUGCUCAUCAACAAAUACGACCUGUGCUAUGAUGGGAAUACAUUUUCCUGGACUCCCGAAAAACUUCAAAUGGAAAUGGCUAAGCAAAUUGGAAUAUCAAUAGAGCAAACGGUAUGCUUUAGCGCUACAUAUGCACAAGAAGCACAAAAAUGGCUACGAGAUCCUUCUGCUGUAACCAAAGACAUGUAUGGCAAAAAGUAUUAUGAUUUACGAUUAACACCCGAAUGUGAUACCGUUGGUUCUUUGGAAAAGUACACAAAAGAAAAUGUGAAGAAACUAGCUGAGGUUCUUGAGAAAUUUAGUGGAUUCCAAGAAGUUAAAACAAAGCUUCAGUGGGCACUCUGUGUUAAUGGUUCCGAAAUUCUUUUGGAGAGUGCUGUGGACGAUUGUCGUGGGGAAAUUUCAAAGAUGGAAGCAGCCAUUACCCAGAAAAAACAAGAACUUGAUAUACAAGGAAAGGAGAAAAGUGUAGAGGAACAAAGAGCUCAGGUGAAAACAGCUGGUCAAUUUUUACAAAACACUUGCGAGUUUAAAACUUCUUUCCCAAAAAUGGUAGCUCAAUCUUUUGCUUUUAAAUUGAAUACAAUUACUUCAAAACUUGUGAAUGAUAUCAGCACACAAGCUUUCUUCAAUUCAAUAAGUCUCAAAAAAGAGCAUGAUAAUGAAAAAUAUGUAUUGCAGUGUGUAGAGCGUACUCGACAAACCAUGCUUAAAAGCGCAGAAGACAAGGUCAACGACACUUGGAUUGUUGGUAUUGCAGAAAUGAAAGAGAUCUUAUCCAUAAAAUUUAAAUCGAUACUAAAAGGUCUCCAGCAAGAUUUAGUCAUACAACAGCUCACUGACCUCCUUGACUUUAAUGGUGUGGAUCCAAACAAACUACUAGACACCCUUAUAUUUCCAUCUGUCGAGCAACCAGACUUUGUGGAAUGCACAGCUAUCAGUGAUGAAGCUAUUCGACCUGCUAUCAGACCUUCCACGAGGAAAAGGCAGAAAAACGUCACAGCAAGCAAAGAAUUCCGGUAUUUCUUCUUUUUUUCUACGACAAUCGACUAUUCUAAGGUGGUUGAUUACAACGAAAAGGUGUUUGAAAUAGAUUUUGAGAGCCUUAAUACAUCAUUUAAACAGCUUGCUUUAUUUUGUUCAAGCCAUGUUCAGAAUUCUCUACUGAAGAUCUUGAAAGAUGUAGCUAGCAAGUUAUCUCAAGCACUUACGUGUGAGCUACAGAAGCUAUUAAAAGAGCCAAUUCAAUUGAAAAAGAACGAGCUAGAAGCAACAGAGGAAGAUCUUCAAAAUUCCAAGAAUAGAAUUACGAAAUUCAAGAAUACAUUCCAAGCACUUAUAGAUGCUGAUAGAAAACUUUGUGACUCAGUGUCUCCUACCAGGAAAAAAAGGGCACAUGAAGAGGCAUCAUCAUCAAUCAAGGAGCCUGCUCCCAAAAAACCAAAGCCAUCCAAAGGACGCCGGCGCUAAUAUUAGCCAAACUGUACUUUUAAGUGACUUAUUAUAAUUAAUUUUAUAAUUGUGCGUGUAAUUAUAGGAGAAUUAUUUUGUGUACCACACAAUGUAUGCAUGUACAUUUACAGCCAUAUAAUUCUAUGCAUGCCCAUUAAUAACCGAUAUACCCGCAUACUUAUUACAGGUUGAACUCUUUAAUAUAAUUAUAAAAGAUGUUUCUCUGAA